AUGAAACUCGGAGACCCUACGCAUGGCCUCUUCCAUUUGCCCGAUGAGAAAGAGCGCAUCCGCAUGCGCGGGGGCGCUCCAUUGAAUCCUAUUAAGAUUUUUGCUAUGCUUUCCACAAUGGAAUGGAUCCGCAUAUUCGUUGGAAUCUUUGCCUGGAUUAUGGAUUCUUACGAUUUCUUCUCUGUAUCUAUGAGCGUGAAGAACAUCCGUAACACAUUCAAUAUUCACGUUGGCUACGACAAAUACACAGACAGCCAAAUCACAUAUGCCAUCAUGCUUACUCUGAUUUUGCGUUCGUUUGGCGCUUUGGCAUUUGGUGUUAUCUCCGACCGACUUGGUCGUCGGUGGGUACUGGCCGUGAACUUAUUUAUUGUGGGAGCACUGUCCCUGAGCACUGCCUACUGCACGACUCUCAGCUCAUUCCUGGGGGUCCGUUGCGUCUUCGGCAUUGCCAUGGGUGGUAUUUGGGGUUUAGCGAACGCAACUGUCAUGGAAGAUCUGAAUCCGGCUGCUCGUGGACUCAUAUCUGGCAUUUUCCAACAGGGGUAUGCUAUGGGCUAUCUGAUUGCGGCGGGUGUGAACCUAGGUUGGGUCAACAAACACACCCGUUUGGACGGCACGAGACCCUGGGAGUACCUUUUCUAUUUAGGUACAGGUCUUUCUUUUGCUGCGGGAAUUUGCCGUGCCAUUCUUCCUGAAGGUGCCAACUACCAAGAGCAACGGCGCAUCCGCAAACUCAAGCCAUCGUCGAAAAACCCUCUGCGUGCCUUUUUCAAAGAUGUGGGGCAUAUGCUCGCAAAGUACUGGGCCGAAUGUAUCUUUAGUAUUCUUUUGAUGAUUGGCUUCAACUUCUUCAGUCACUCUUCCCAGGACCUUUAUCCCACCAUGAUCGAGAACGUCAAGGGUCGGUCGUCGGAUGAUGCAUCCUCACUAACAAUGAUCUCAAACGCGGGUGCUAUUGCUGGUGGUAUCCUUGCUGGCUAUGUGUCCCAAUAUACCGGUCGCCGUAUUGCCAUGAUUUGCUUCAUUAUCCUUGCCGGUGCUGUCGUACCUGCAUGGAUUCUACCCAACUCAUUCAGUGGCUUAGCCGCCGGCGCUUUUUUUGUGCAGUUUGGUGUCCAAGGAGCAUGGGGUGUAGUUCCAAUCUACCUUUCGGAACUCUCUCCUCCCAACUUCCGUGCUACAUUUCCUGGUCUUGCUUACCAGCUUGGUAACAUGGCAAGUUCUGCUUCAGCCACCAUUGAGUCCACAGGUGGAAGUAACAUCAAGACGCAGGACCCUAAUGAUCCUUCGAAGAUGAUUGAUGAUUCUGCCACAGUCAGUGCAAUUCUUCUUGGUUGUGUGGCAGCCUAUCUUCUUGUCAUUAUUAUCUUUGGUUUAGAGCCAAAACAGGGACGAGACUUUGCUGCUUCUGACGAAUUGGAACCUUCCACCGCCAAGGACGAGGAGGAUAUUAUCCAUCUGUGGAAGAUUCAGAGAAAGUCUCAUAUAACACCACUUAAUGAGUUCUGA